GACUGGGUAACAAAACGAGUCAUGUAACAUUUUUACGAAAAAUAUCCAGAUCUGCUCUGCUAUUGGCCAUCUCAAAUAAAAUUAAAGGUCCCAUACUACCGACGGUCAGACCGUAUCUCCGACAGCGUACGAGUGUGUACGCAAGAGUAGGAAAAAUGUUGUGUCCUGCGGUUAUUUCACGCACCAUACAUCAUGGUCUUGGUACUUUGGUGCGAAGUAACGGCGGUGCCAUCGCUCCAAUGUGCGGACAACUCCGAGGACUGGCCACAGAAACUAAAGCACAAAGCUCCGGCCAGACUGCACCAGCAAAGACAGAAAAAAUACCUUACAGUCCAUUUCAAAAUACCACAAAUAUGGCAGAGUAUGCGCUUGCACGAGCCGAUGAUCUUUUGAACUGGGGACGCAAAGGUUCCUUAUGGCCAUUGACUUUUGGCCUUGCCUGUUGUGCCGUUGAGAUGAUGCACAUUGCUGCACCUCGUUAUGACAUGGACAGAUACGGAGUAGUAUUUCGUGCUUCACCUCGUCAGGCUGAUGUUAUUAUUGUCGCUGGAACUUUGACAAACAAAAUGGCACCUGCACUUCGUAAAAUUUAUGAUCAAAUGCCUGACCCAAAAUGGGUUAUUUCUAUGGGAAGUUGUGCCAAUGGAGGAGGCUACUAUCAUUACAGCUAUUCAGUUGUUCGAGGGUGUGACAGAAUCAUACCAGUGGACAUUUAUGUACCAGGUUGUCCCCCAACAGCGGAAGCAUUGAUGUAUGGAAUUCUGCAACUGCAAAAAAAGAUUAAACGCAUGAGAACAGCGCAGGUGUGGUACAGGAGGUAAAAAGCUAUGAUAAAGUAACUACGCUAGUGCAACAAUGGAGCACGGAGCGUUGAAACAAAAAGAAAUAUGUGCGUAAAGGAUUCGUCGUAGUCAUAUAUAGUCAUCAACGAAAAGAUGACGUAAUGGAGUAUUGCGUCGUGGUGGCAAUGAAGAUUCUCCAAAUUUGUGUACCAUCGAAUUAUCCCUGACAAAAUGAAGAGUGAAAAUAUUGUACAGUUAUUAGUUUCGUGAGGGAGUUUCUCAAAAGAAUGUUCUCGUCGAUGAAUAAACAAAAACUCAAUAAUAAAGUA